CGUGGCUCGGGACGCAGCUCGCGGCCGCCCGGCGGGAGCUCCGAGGCUGGGCGGCACCCGCUCCGCCGCCGCCGCCCGCACCAGGCCUGAGGAUCGCAGCCCAGCAAGGACGCAGGCCGCCAUGGCCGAGGCGCCGCCCGCGCGGAUUCCAGGGGGGGACAAGCGAAUGGAGGACCAGAGACCUCUAACACCUCCGUCGCCCCAGCCAGCUGCUGAGAAGAACUCAUACCUCUACUCCACAGAGAUCACGCUGUGGACAGUGGUGGCUGCCAUUCAGGCCUUGGAGAAGAAGGUGGAUUCCUGCCUGGCCCGCGUGCUGACUCUGGAGGGACGCACUGGGACAGCAGAGAAGAAGCUGGCUGAUUGUGAGAAGACGGCCGUGGAGUUUGGCAACCAGUUGGAGGGCAAGUGGGCCGUGCUGGGGACCCUGCUGCAGGAGUACGGGCUGCURCAGCGGCGGCUGGAGAAYGUGGAGAACCUGCUGCGCAACAGGAACUUCUGGAUCCUUCGGCUGCCCCCUGGCAGCAAGGGGGAGGUCCCCAAGGUGCCCGUGACCUUUGAUGAUGUGGCCGUUUACUUCUCCCAGCCUGAGUGGGGCAAGCUGGAGGACUGGCAGAAGGAGCUCUACAAGCAUGUGAUGAGGGGCAACUAUGAGACACUGGUCUCCCUGGAUUAUGCCAUCUCCAAACCUGACAUCCUCACCCGGAUAGAGAGAGGAGAGGAGCCUUGUCCUGAAGACCAGCAAAGCAAGGAGAAGGGGACUGAGGAAGAGGCCGCAUGUCCAAGGAGGCUGGACACUGGUCUCCUUCCAUAUCCAGAGCAAGUCCCCAGUCCAGUCAGCCAUGCCCAGGAGGAGCCCAAAGAAGGGCAGGCCCCUCAACACCAACAGAACGAAGAAGCAGGAGUGACCCCACCCAAGCCGGGCACUGGUGGUGGUGGCAUGGCCAUCAAGACAGAAGCUCAGUCUGAGGAGGAGAUGGUGCCUGAGCAGCUCCGCCUGGGGUCCCCAAGCCGGACCAAGUGUAGAACACCUAGAGGGCCUAGGAACAGGACUGGAGGCCCCAGGCGGCAUCACGCCCAGGGGAGGCCAAGGGUGCGCACUGGGGAGCCUCGGCCACCAGGGACCAUUGGGGAAGCACCCCGCGUACUCCCUCGCCGGCGGGAACGGACCUUCCCCUGCCCUGACUGUGGGCAGAGCUUCCGCUUGAAGAUUAAUUUGACAAUCCAUCAAAGGACUCACGUGGAGGAGGAGCACAGGGAAGCUCCYGGGGGCUCACCCACCAGAUGGGGGGAAGGCCACUCUACGCUGGAGCCAGGGGAAGUGGUAGUGCCUGGCCCUGUCAUCCGCUGGCUCCCCGAGGAGCCGGCGGGCCACCAUUCCCUGGGAGGGCGUGCCUUCAUGGGGCGGAGGCCCACGGCCACCAAGAUUUACCACUGCAGUGAAUGCCUGCGCUUUUUCCAGCAGCGGAAGAGCCUGCUGCUUCACCAGCGCCUGCACACAGGCAACAAUCAGGGCUGGCCUGCCUGUCCCUACUGUGGCAAGGCCUUCCGCCGGCCCUCGGACCUCUUGCGUCACCAGCGUAUCCACACUGGUGAGCGACCCUACCAGUGCCCCCAGUGUGGCCGGGCCUUCAACCGAAACCACCACCUGGCUGUGCAUAUGCAGACUCAUGCCCGGCAUCGGGUGGGCCUGCAUUUCCCUGUGCCCUCUGCAGGCCAGGGGAGCUCACCCCUGCAGGGUCGCAGCCAUGCAGAGGAGGGCUGACCAGGCAGGAGCCUGCAGGGCAUCCUCUUGUCUUCCUGCAUCCCUGGCAGGACCUGUGCUCUAUCUCUUAGGGCUUUCCCUUGUGCCUGAUGCUGGUCCCUUAUUCUGGGAUGUCUUGGAGAGAGGUUUUUUUGUUUUUUUUUUUUUUAUUGUUUCCCCUAUUCAAAUGGAAAGCAGUGGCCCUUUUGAUGAUAUCAUAUAUAUGCGACAAGGUACCUCUAUUUUCUCUUUCCUAAGAGUGUCACUCUGUGCUAUCUUUUUCUACAUUUUUGACCUGUAAAGGGUCCCUAAAGGCUUAAACAACACCAGUUUUUGGUGUAGCUUUUGACUGGUGCUACAGUCAAGAUGAUCAGAGACUGUGGUCCUUUCAGAAUGGACCAUAGAGACUUCAGGGACUGGGAGUGACUGCACAGAGGUCUGUCUGCGCUCCACAUGAGAAAACAGCAGAGAGAACAGGACACAAGAGAAGGCACUCGGAAUUUGCAUUUUCUACUUUUGUUAGCUUGAGACUUUUUUUUUUCUUUGAAUGAAGACUUUGUAAUGUGUUUGUAAGCGUUGUGUGUAGUUGCAAAGAGGACCAGGAGCUCCUGAGGGCAGGAAUUCUGUCACUUCCUUUGUGGGUCUGGCAGGGCAGGAAGAGGGUUUUGAUGGGCAGAAUUUGGCUGCUGUCUUAGAAGCACAGCUUCUCCCCAGCUGUAUGUUUCUGAGCUCUGAGUGACUCCCAGUCUUCCUAGUCCUUCCCUCACAGGGCAGUCUCAUCUGUUAUUUACUUUUGAUAUCAGUUAAAAGAGGAAAGGAAAUCAGGUGUGGAUGGCCUCCCUUGCCAGAUCUCAGGAUUCAUAGGUGUGCAUGAUCCAUUGACUGGACCCAGAAGAUGUCUUGAGGGUGCUGCAGUCUUGUGAGCCCAAGACCUUCCUCAAGGGGAAGACUGACUGGGGGAGGCUGGGGAGUCUGCCUGGACUCUCCAGGCCUCGUUUCUCCUGGUAAAGAAUUUGGGGUCUGGUGCUAAGUAGGGCUAGGAGAUUGGGGAAUCCUUCAGCCCCCCUCUAGGCUCACAUUCCUUGUCUGUCAAAGGGUAACAGCUCCAGUGCAUCCCACCUCAUCUAGGAGUUGUUGGCACUGAAUUUAGAGACUGCACAAAUAAGACGCUUGGUGAUAUUCUUAGUUUCAAGUUCAGUGUUUCCUAUUUUUUUUUUUCCAGUGAUUUCCUGCUCAGUCAGAAUCCCCUGGGAAGAGUGAGGGUUAGUGCCCUUGUACCAAAGCAUCGGUCCAUGACCUGUUUUUAAUAGUAUGCUAUUGUCAGGCUGCAAGGAGAAGUCUUGAUGCCUAGUUUCUUAUAUUCCUUAAUCACACCACCUUGGGUGCUGCCUACAGACCAGCUGGCUGUGGGUUCUGGGUCCCUGGCAACUUCCUGUUGUCCUCACCCCUUUUCCACAGUCCCGAAUGGAGUUGGGGGCAGAUGGUAACAUUGCCAUCAUCCCUGGGAAAGGGGAAGGAUAAAAGUCUGACAGGUUAGCCAAGAUCCUAAAGAGGCACCUCCUGCUUGAGGCUCCUGCUUGUCUGGAGCCCCACAAGUCAGAGACAAAUAUCAGCACGUGGGCAGGCAGGAUGUGGUACAAGUGUGGCUGCUCAGCUUAACCCUCAGCUACAAGAGCUAGGCUCAGAUAUUCUGGUGGUGCCUCAGGGCUCAGAAUUUUAAAUUCUAAAAUUUUAAAUGCUAAAUGCACUCUGUAAAUACAAGCAUUCAAUUGCAAGGCUCAGGUGUUUUUCCCUUUUCUUAUUUUCAAAGCAUUCAGUACUCAGCUCUGGGCUAUGCAUAUUGGGUUUGCCCUGGCACUCAAUAGGACGUGUUUAAAGAGUGCUCCUUAGGUUGAAAUGAACAGUGGAGGCUACAAGGUGCAGUAGCCCAGUGGUGYCCCACAAUCGGAAGGUGGGAGCCCUGGUUGGGUCCCAGACUUCCCCAGCUCUGGGCCUCAGCGUCCUCAUUUGUGAAACAAAGAAGUGGUUGGGUCUUAAGAUUCCUUAACAACUGUGAAGGUGGCAGUCUUCUGCUU